AUGGGCGACUACGACUACCUCAUCAAGUUUUUGGCACUUGGUGAUUCCGGAGUGGGAAAGACAUCCUUCUUGCAUCGAUACACUGACAACACAUUCACUGGUCAGUUCAUUUCAACCGUAGGAAUCGACUUCAAAGAGAAGAAAGUGGUUUACAAAAGUGCCCGAGGCGGUUUCGGCGGUCGAGGACAGCGAGUUCUUCUGCAGCUAUGGGACACAGCUGGGCAAGAAAGGUGA